AGCUCAUCCAUUAUCAGGAGUAUCGUUCAUAAACAAGCUAGUUGAGAGAGUAUACUUGAUAUCUUCCAUACCUUUAUCUUUGAUCUUCCAUCCCCGCCGGACUACUUACAUAGCUCGAUCGACCUUGCCCGUCUUCUUCCCCAUCCCCACAUGACUUAGACCGGCGGCCUUGCUUGUCUCCUCAUUCCUGCCGGAUAUUUAUAAAUAUCUCAAACCUGAAAAAGUAGAAAACGGCCAAUUUAUUGCUCCUUUGCCGACAAUAGAUACAUGCCCGUAAUUGGUGGAUUUCGAAAGGAAACUAAACAAAAGAAUUCAAAUGAAAACUUGGUGUCAGAAUGGUGAUAUUGAAGCUUGAUCGCAGAGUGAUGAAGUUCCGCAUAUUGAUUGAGGCUUUUUCAGUUUCCGUUUGCCAGAGCUUUAGGAGCGUACAUAUGAUGACGACCCUAAGGAUCAUGGUUGGAUCAAUGACUAAGAGGAGUUUCACUUAUUUGCGGAGCAUAAUACUAGUAGUGGCUGCACUUAUUUGUAACAGAGAGAUGUUAAGGUUUGAUUUGAGGGAAAUUACCGAGUAAAACAUAAGCCAUUAUCGACAACACGACUGCUGAGAUGUAUGUGACACAUUCAACCGUACACUAAUAGUGCAAUGAAUCUUCCCAUUGAAGGAAGUUAUGAUAUCGGGCUCAACAAGUAUUCUUCGACCCAUCAGCAUCAAUGACAUCCGGAUUCAUUUCAUCCUCAAACGACAAAAUCUGCAUUGCGGAUGGAUGCAGAUGUUCUUCCCAAAAUCAUUGCAUCCAGUAUUAAUAAUAUGGUGGAGGUUAUUGGGCAUUCAUUGAUUACGUGUACAAUGUCAUCCACUUGGAGAAAACUGGUGGAACAUCAGCUAUAAACACUUCCACUCAAAUUAUUUUUGGGGACCCAUCAGAGAAAAAAAUCGUAGAGGAAUUCCUUGACCAUGAAGAGAUAGAGGAUAGCAUGAGGAUAGAUGUUUUGAAGAUCAUAAAGGGAAUGGGCUUCAAAGCAGAACAUGAAGGUCAAGCAAAUGUUAUUCCUACUCUGGAAUUUCAGGUUGUGCAAGACGCAGAUCGACUUGAUGCAAUUGGUGCCAUAGUUUCAGGUAGGGAGUAGAGCUUGCUACCAGUGCCCGUUGCCUCGGGAAGAUCUAGGAAGGAAGACGUGAAAUGGAGCCAAUUGGGAGAAUCACUAGGAGGAACCCGACGGGCCGUGUACCGGGUGGAUCCGAACGCGGCAGCCGGGGGUCCACUAGGGUGUCAAGGGGAAGGGGCCGUGGAGGCCAACAACAAACCGUGAGCGAUGGCCACGUCGACACGGAGAGUGAGACUUAUUGGUCCUAUGAGGACUCAACCUAUAGACCGGAAACCGAGCCGGUGGAGACCCCUUAUGAAGGGGAUGAUGAUGAUGUUAGUGACGAGGAGCAAGAUGACUCCUUGGCAAGAAUUGAGGCGCUGCUCCAACAAUACCACCGAGAGCGCGAGGAGAGGAGGGAACGCUGAAGGCGCCGGGCGGGGCAACCUUCGGGUAUGGCUUCAAGAGGAGGAAGCCACAAUGCAUCUAGAGUCCAUGUGGAACCACAUGGAGGCCGAAAUGAUGGAGGUCCAACCAUAAGGAUCUCCAAGUUUAUCAAGGAAGCAAGAGACUUGGGGUGCAAACCCUUUGACGGGACCGGAGACAUUUCGGUUGCCGCUCAAUGGAUCAAGAGGUUGAAUGAAGCAGCCCUUGACAUGCAAAUCACGCCCAACCUUAAACUGAGAAUAGCGGUAAGGUUGCUUGAGGGGAUGGCAUCCAAAUGGUGGGAUGGAACCAAGAGCAAGUAUGGCGAGGGCGUCGUUUGGGAGGACUUCCAACGGGAGUUCUUUGCCCAAUAUUACUCCGACUUCGAGGUGAACCAGAAGGUGAGGGAAUAUACCCUCCUAACUCAAGGGGGUAACAUGACGGUGAAGGAACUUGAGUACAAGUUUCGGGACCUUGCCGACUACAUACCGGAGUACGCUUGUGAUGAGAACCGGAUGGUGAACCACUUUUGGGAUGCCCUAGACUUGGAGAUACGUGAUAGGGCAACACAAUUGCCUAACAUGACCUUCGCCCAAGUGGUAGACCAAGCCUUGAAGGGCGAAAAACAGUGGGAAGAAAGGAAGAAAAGAGACGCCGAGGAGGCGAAGAAAAGAAAAUGGGAGAACCAUGGCCCCCAAGGUUCUAACAAGAAGGGGAACCACGGGGGAGGUAGCUCAUUUAGAACCCCUGCACCACCAUCGAAGGGAAACCAAGGCCCAACCGGGCAAAGCUCGAGGUCACAAAACUCGGGAGUACCAAGGUGCAGCAACUGCAAGAAGCUUCACCAAGGCAAGUGCCGUGAUCCCCCGAGAUGCUAUCAAUGCGGGGAGGUCGGGCACAUGAAGGUGAGUUGCCCACAACUUGGGCGAGCCGUGGGUGCCGGACCAAGCAGUGGAACCAUGGUAAGCAGGAACCGAACGGGAGCACCGAGUGCAAGCAUGGGGCACGGUGGAGCUAGCACAAGCAAUGCACCGUCCGUUAAUCAAGGGAGGACCCAAGCGAGGGUCUAUGCGAUUACGGAGGCCGAUGCACGUGCUAACCCGGACUCCGUUGCGGGUAAAUUCAUGAACAUUUGAUGUUAAUUUCUUGUAAACCUUUUAAAUGUUGAAAUGUAUAAGUUAUAUGGCCAACCCAGCCUGUUUAAAGUUCAAAGGAGUGGACAGAUAUCUGCCUGGGGCGAAAGCCGCCCGGCUUUGACGAACGUCGCCCGACGUUUGUCUAUGGUUUAUUACAUAAAUCCUACGGCGACCAUAAGCCGCCCGAUGUUGACGAAAGCCGCCCGGCUUUCGUAGAGGAUUUUUGUUAAAAUCAUUCGGCGGAGGAAAACCGGCCGAGUUUCGUAAAAACCGGCCGGCUUGUGUUCAGGCAUCUCCGGUGUGAGGCACUGUUAACGAAAACCGGCCGGCAUUCGUAAGAACCGGCCGGCUUUUAGGAAUUAAAAUUGGGAAUUCUUUCGGCGACCGAAAACCGGCCGGCUUGGGCAAAAAAACGGCCGGCUUACGUAACCCUUCUUGCCGAGCCGAAGACCAAGGUACGAAAACCGGCCGGCUUUCACGAAAAGCAGCCGGCUUUCACUUAUUGGUGCACGGUGUUGGUUUUUGGGUGGGAACCGGGAUGGAAUCGGGAUGGGGCGUUAGAUGACGAUCAUCCAAACCAUAGCCGGGGUACUCUUUUACCUAAGAAAUGAGUCUAAUAAGUGGGGAGUGUGUCUUACAUUGCUUAUGAAUGUAGGAACACUAAAGAUUAACGGGAGAGACGCAAGAAUCCUCAUUGACACCGGGGCGCAACGAUCAUUCGUGAGUGAGGCGUUUGCCGGGGGAUUCAAAGAACCGCUUGUACCGAUGGCUCAAGCCCUAUUGGUAUCCACACCUCUAGGGGAAGACAUCGAGAGAGAUAGCCACUAUCCAUCGUGUGAGGUGGAAGUGGAGGGCCAAACUUGACGUGUGAUUUCGUACCGCUAAGUAUGAUUGAAUUCGAUGCAAUCCUGGGGAUGGAUUGGCUUGAGAAACAUCAUGCUAGGGUCGAUUGCUACACAAAGAUACUUGAACUCGAAGGCGAUGAAGGGGUAACCUUACGCUUCGAGGGGGAUCGGGCCAAAUCCAAUAGUUGUAUCAUAUCCGCCGUAAGAGCUAGGAGUAUGAUGAGAAAGGGUUGCCACGCAUAUCUAGCAUACGUGGUAGACAAAACAAAAGAAGAGACGAGCAUUGAUGAUGUGAGGGUGGUAUGCAAGUAUCUGGAUGUCUUUCCAAAGGACUUACCGGGACUUCCACCCGAUAGGGAGAUUGAAUUUGUGAUCGAGGUCGAGCCCGGCACCAAACCAAUCUCCAUACCGCCAUACCGAAUGGCACCCGCAGAACUUAACGAGUUGAAAACCCAAUUGCAAGAGCUUUUGGAUAACGGUUUCAUUAGACCAAGCCACUCCCCGUGGGGAGCACCAGUUCUUUUCGUGAAAAAGAAAGAUGGGACACUUCGAAUGUGCAUUGACUAUCGUCAACUGAACAAGUUCACAAUCAAGAAUAGGUAUCCUUUGCCUAGGAUUGAUGACUUGUUUGACCAACUACGAGGAGCAACUGUGUUCUCGAAGAUUGACUUGAGGUCGGGGUACCAUCAAUUGAAGAUCAAAGAGGAUGACAUACCGAAGAGUGCCUUCCGCACUAGGUAUGGACAUUUUGAGUUCCUUGUUAUGUCGUUUGGGUUAACAAACGCCCCGGCGGCAUUCAUGGACUUGAUGAACCGAGUAUUCCACAAAUACUUGGACCGAUUCGUGAUAGUGUUCAUAGAUGACAUCUUGAUCUACUCAAAAAGCGAGGAAGAGCAUGAGGAGCACUUGAUACUCGUUCUUGAGACGCUAUGGGAGAAGCAACUCUAUGCCAAGUUUUCUAAAUGUGAAUUUUGGCUUAAGGAGAUUGGCUUUCUCGGGCAUGUGGUUUCGGGAUCGGGAAUUGCUGUGGAUAACAAGAAGAUAGAAGCCAUUACCGAAUGGGAGAGGCCAAAGAAUGUCAAGGAAAUUCGUAGUUUCCUUGGAUUGGCA